AUGAACUCGUCAGGAUACUGGGAUAGGUCCAGCAUUGGGCAGAAUAACAGCCCCGACACAAGCACGGUAUUGCCCCCGAAUGAACGCAGUGGACAGCAAGCACAAGAUCAAAAUGCUCCUCCACCGCCAGCAGAUCAAUCAAUGAACCCCACCCAAGUCGAACCAUACCUCGAUAUCACGCAGCCCUUUUUACAGCAUGAGGUCCAUCUACAACCGCAGUAUACGCCGGAAGAGAUUCGACAUUCCUUGGUGUCGAACUCGCUCUCUGAUGAGCAAGCUAAUCGACAUCACAAUUUCAUGCAGCUGAUUGAAGAAGAUGACGAGUACGACGAGGAUCGAAUAGAUGCCAGUUUCAGUAGAAUCGGACAGCAAUUGGGAAGACUGCUGCUGCAACAUCAACACCAGCAGCAGCAUGUGCGGAACGCGUUUGAAGAGGAGGAGGUUUUGGAGGAAGAUGAAGAAGAGGGAGGGGAGGUGGCGGCAGCAGCAGCAGCAGCAGGAGGAGGAGGAGGAGGAGGAGGAGUAGAAGAACAAGAACAAGAACAAGAACAAGGACAAGGAGGGGCCGACGAGGGAGAAUUUGAUCAAGAUAUGAUUGCCCAUGGCGCAAGUUCAAGUGCAAGCCGUCACCAGCACCAGCACCACCGGCACAGUGAGUAUGAAGAUGUCGAAGGCAGUGAAUCACAGCAGCCAAGUUUGGAACAAGUGCAACGCGUAUAUUACACCAAGGGGUUGCAAGAGUUGGAAAAUCUCCAACUAGUUGAUCUUUCCGCAUUGGCGUCAUGGAAACUUUCCACCUAUAAGCAAGGAUUUGGCUUGGCUCAAUUACGCGAUGACAACCCGGAGACGUAUUGGCAAAGUGACGGCAGCAAUGGGGGCAACAAUACCAACCCGAACAACUCGGCACUUGUCAAUGACCAAUUGAGUAAUCCACACUCGGUGACGAUCCAGUUUCUCAAGAAAGUCGCACUUGAACGGAUCUCGAUUUUCACAAACUACUCAUUAGAUGAAAGCUACACCCCGAGCAAGAUCAAGAUCAUGGCUGGGAGCAGCGAAGGCUGGGACUUGAUUGACGUAUGCACGGUGAACUUUAAUCAGCCCAUUGGCUGGUCGCACAUUAUUUUCAACGGGAUUAGAAGCGAUGGCGUGCUCAAGUGUUUUAUGAUAAAGAUUUUCAUCUUGGCCAAUCACCAGGAAGGUAAAGAUAGCCACAUUCGAGCUAUUCGGUGCUUUGGGAGAAAGAACUCGGGGCUCACGAAAGAGAGAAUUGCGCAUGGUGCCGUGCAAACUCUACUGCUGCACGGACAAGGACUAGGACAAGGGCUAGGACCGGGGCUAGGACAAGGACAAGGACAAGGACACUCGGAUUUGCUCAAGGACCUAAGCAUAGCCAACAGCUCAUCUAGUUUUUCAGCUGCUCCUCCCGGAAUCCCCAUGUUAUCGCCAAACUUGGUUCAAGAAAUGAAGGCAACUUCUUCCGAAGAAGGCCAGACGGGGUUCUCAGAAACAAAGAAGCACGACGAAGAAACGGCGCGGAUCUUGAGGAAUGUAAACAGUGUUUUGGGGAAUACGAAUGAUUUUCAGAGCAUUGAGCUUGCAAGCGUUUCUACUAUACGUUGA